AUGUUCCUCCACCGUCACCCCAUCACCCAAGAACCCUACCUCCGACUCCCCUCCCCCCACCAAUCCAUCAUUAUCACACCCUUCCGCGCUCCUAACCCAGAAGAUGAAGCCGUCAUGGUCCGCAGCAUGAACGACCCCCUUGUGGCAGCCUGGCUCAUCGGUCCCCCGUUUCCGUAUCAUACCGAAGACGCCACAUUCUGGAUUAAUAUGUCGUUUGCCCAGUGUGCUGAGAUCCUCAAGGAGGUCGACACGCAGCAAUACGUGUCUGGCAGCCCGUUUCGCUGCAUCCGUGAGAUCUUGGAAGAGGAUGAGUUGGGCGUGAUUCAGAAGGAUGUCCUCAUCGGCGGGAUCGAUGUCCCUGAGCAUCCGUUCGUCGAGUUCCCGGAGGGCAGUAAGGAGAGGGAGGAUGGGGUCAAGAGGAACGGGGAGCUAGAGACAGGGAGUACGGAGAAAGUUUGGGGGAUGGGUGACUGGCUGGAUCCGGCGUAUCACGGUCGAGGAAUCAUGACUGCUGUCGUGAAAACCAUCAUCCAUGACUGGGCGAUUCCUCGCAUGAAUGCGCGCCACUUCAAGGUUUCGGCCUUCGUGGGGAACCAAGGGAGUGUUCGGGUCUUUGAGAAGUUGGGUUUCCAGCACUACGCGAAGUUCGACGAUUGGGUGCAGAUGCCGCCCAACCGAGGCGGCGGAAAACGAUCGCUUCAUAUUCUUUCGUUGGAUGUAUAG